AUGAAGCCGAAAAAGAAGCAAAAUGCCUCGAAUACAUUUGCAAAAUCACAAAAUCAAUUUAACCUUGAAAAUGUACUUAAAAAAGAUAAUAUUUUAUCUCGAGAGAACGUGUUCUUGUUUAUACCAAACUUGAUAGGAUACGCGCGGGUAAUACUAGCCAUUAUUUCACUAUAUUAUAUGCCAUUCGCACCAGUGACAUGUAUGAGCCUUUAUAGUCUAUCAUGCUUAAUGGACGCGGUGGAUGGAAAUGUUGCAAGAUAUCUUAAUCAAUGCAGCAAGUUUGGUGCAGUGCUAGACAUGGUCACAGACAGAUCCACUACAUCAUGUCUUUUAUGUUUUCUUGCAUCAAUCUAUCCGUCGUGGGCCAUUGUAUUUCAACUUUUGAUUGCUUUGGACCUUAGCAGUCAUUAUAUGCAUAUGUACAGCUCUUUAACAGCCGGUUCAGAAAGUCAUAAAAAAGUUUCGGAAACGUCGAAUCCCUGGCUAAGACUAUAUUAUUCGAAUAAU